AUGGCAAAAUAUAAGUCCGUCUUCAAGCGGGUGAUGUGCCACAAGGGCUUCCGACUCCCUUCGGGAAACCUCUUUUCUACACAGGAUCAGACCUCUUUCCUGAUGACAGCCAUGUUCGGCAACAAUCCCAGUGCCGUCAUCGCCAGCAUGGGCGUUGGCGUCGCCUACCAGAAGGUUGAGGCUAUUUUGGUCGAUGUCUUCAGUGGCUUGAUUGACAAAGCUGAACUCUACCGCGCCAUCCGCGGUCAUAUGGCGUUCUACGAAACCGUUGCCAACGAAGUCAAGACUGAUGGCGAUUUCACUGGCGAAGUCGUCAAGAUGAUCGAGGAACUUUACGUCACCGGACGUCAGAACAACACCGCCGCGACCCACCAUGAGAAUCGGCUCACUACAGUCGUGGACGCUUGGAUCAAGACUCGUACCGCCGUUGACAAGUUGCCUCCUCCGCAGCAGUUUACGCUUGCCUCUCACCCCACUGCUGUCGACGCCCUUACUUCCGACAUCAGUGAAUUCAACAUUGGACCUGCUGACCAGCCUGCCUGGCCCCCUGCUUUCUUCAACGAAAACGAGAUAGUCUUGCUCUCCAAGCCUGAUCUUCGUCAUGUUCUCUUCGGCCGGGACAUGAACUCGACUGCCACCCUUCCCAAACUUCCCUACACGGGAGGACCCCCUCUGAACACUCGCGCCUACCUCUGCUGCCUUGCGCUUCAGAACUACAACCGUGACAGCAAGUGGCGUCUCACUCUAACUCCCGUCGCUAACUUCACCAACCCUCGUCAGCGAUGGGACUGGAGCGACGCCUCCAACGGCGGCUCUCGCAUCUGCUGGACCGUGAAGGCUCUCUUCAAGAAUUGCAUCGACAGUUUCCAGAUGGGAAAAACCUUCUGCAUUGGUCUGGCCACCCCCUGGUUCGGCAGUCCCUGGGCUUCCAUUCCCCGAGCCGAUGGCCCCCAGAACACCACUGGUCUCUCGCAGCACCAGAUUUGGUCCAACUUCUGCCCCCGAAUGGGCUUCGCCAUUGUACUUCAUGAGCACGCCGAUGGACUGGAGUUAAUCAUCUUCGACGCCAGCUCCAACUAUCCCCACAUCAAGAACAGCUCUCAGAUGAAGGGCAACAAGAUGGCCAUCUUUGGCUUCCGCAACCUGGUCCGUACCACUGCUGAGAAGGCAGUCAAGGAGGCCGGUGGACGUCUGGUUCGCGGUUGGCACGGAGGCAAGGUUUCUCUCGCUGAUGGCGACGAUGGCAGCACCGCUGAUAGCGUUCAGCUUGCGAGCGAGUGGAUCCGACAGCUCAUCGUCGCUGGCCGCAACGGAGAGGAUCCCUUGUCUGUCGAUGAUGACACCUGGGCUCAGUGGGGAUUCGACCCUGUCGAGAUGUGA